UCCUCACAUCUAAGUCGACAUGUUUUCUUCAGCAGCUCCAAACUCGAAAUCUCAGAUUUCAGUAUGAGUAAUAAUAGGUCAUGGAUGUACAAAAGACUAGAGAGACGAGGAUGUCUAAAUGGUGAUUUCAAGGAAGGUGUCAAUGAGUUCAUUCAGACAACAAUAAAUUUAUAUUCCAGCGGUAUCAUUGCAUGUCCCUGUAGAAAGUGUAAAAAUAGAAAAUGGAUGACUUGGGAUAUUGUUAAGCAACACCUAUUUGAGAAAGGUUUUAUCGAUGACUAUUAUGUAUGGGCAACACAUGGAGAGACACCCAAUUCAAAUGGCCUGGUUUAUUUUGAUCAAGCUAACUCCUCGUAUUGUAAUGCAUCUGAGGUCCAAUAUGAUCCAUACAAAUUGAUGUUUGAGGAUGCAGAGAGGAAUGAAUUCCCAACAGAAAAUCAAGGCGAUUUUCUUGUGAAUGAUGAGCCUAGUGCAGCAACAAAGAAGAUGUAUGAAAUGCUAGAUAUGACGAGUCAACCAUGCUUUGAGGGUUGUCCAAUGACUGAGUUGAGCGCAAUGACUGAAAUGUUGAACAUAAAGACUGAGAUGAAUCUAUCUGAGGCUUCUACAGACAGGAUUGCUCAAUUUGUGAAUAGAUUUUUCCCAACUAAAAUCCUCAAUAGGCCUAUACCGAAUUUCAACAAAAUAAAAAGGAAGUUAUCGUUGUUGGGAAUGACAAGCCAAUCUAUUGAUUGUUGCCUAAAAGGAUGUGUGAUAUAUCGGAAAGGAGACAGUGAGCUAAUGGAGUGCAAGUUUUGCGAUGGUGCAAGAUACAGGAUCAGUAAGCAAGCAAAAAAACUAAUUUCACUUGCAAGAAUGGAGUACUUCCCACUUACUCCUAGACUACAAAGGCUUUAUGCAUCAGAUACUACCGCGGAGAAAAUGAGGUGGCACAAAGUUCACCAUAGAGAAGAAGGAGUGAUGCAACAUCCGUCGGAUGCAAAGGCGUGGAUUCAUUUUGACAAUCUCCAUCCAGAUUUUGCUGAAGACCCGAGAAAUGUUAGGCUUGGUUUAUGCAGUGACGGGUCCCAACCAUUUGGACAAUUUGGUCAGAAAUACUCUUGUUGGCCUAUCAUAGAGACACCAUACAAUUGUCCACCUGGUAUGUGUAUGAAACAACAAUUUUUAUUUUUGUCUAUAUUGGUACCUGGACCAAGAAAUCCAACAAAGGGGAUAAAUGUGUAUUUGAAACCAUUGAUAGAAGAGUUGAAACAACUGUGGGAGGUUGGGGUUGUAACGUAUGAUGCAUUCUCAAGGGAAAAUUUCAAUAUGCGAGCUAUGUUGCUAUGGGCAAUAAGUGAUUUUCCCGCAUAUGCCAUGCUUUCUGGAUGGAGUACAAAAGGAAAAUAUGCACGUCCUAUUAAGAUUUUCUGAGCAAUUGUGAGUUGUGUCGUUAUUGUAAAAAAAAAUACCGGCAAUGUUCUCUUUUUAAAUGUUUGAGUGAUUUGCAUCAUUUUGUUUGCACAGGAGGUUAUUAGCAAACUGUCUACUACAUUCCAUGAAACUGAAGUGAACAUCAAUCACAAGAAGAUGAAAUUUCUACGACAUCAAAAGCUGUAAUUUCUGAAUUGCAUUUCAAGUAUUUUGAUGUGGUUGAGUACAACAAGAAAAGAGUUUUGGGAACGGGAAGGUAUUCCAAAGCGUUUCUUCUCCAAUUAGCUAGAGUCAAAUCAUAAAGGAUCUUCAUCAAAAUGCUUGCAUGAUUUUUGUGUUCCUUCGGAUGAGCAUAUGAGAAAAUGGUUGUCUUCGCAUGGUCACGAGGCUCCACCGGUUAUGCCUCUUGUGGAUGAAAGUUUGACAAAUAAGAAUCCCGAGUUACAACCUAAGAGUUUUGAAGAAACAUGGCUUCCAUUCUUCAAGUCAUAUGGAAUUGACGCCCCAAACUUCUUUCCACAACAAGAUUUAUCCUCUCAAGGCUCUCAACAAUCACAUGGAGACUCUUUAUCCAAUUAGAUGCAUAGCUUUAAUUUUGAAAUGGCUUAAACAUUUUAAAACACAUUAAUGUGGUGAUAUGUAUGCUUUUUGGAUUUAGUAUUGAACACUAGAUACUAAUAGCGACUUGGAUGCUUUUUUGGAUUUAGCAUGGUUGCAUUGGGGCUUUAGUAGUGACCUAGAAUCUAAUGUAAACUCUAAGCUAUUAUAAUAUACAUAGUAUUAUUUUUU